AAAGAAAAUACAAAACAUGGGGCUUUUGCAGAAACAGUUCUGCUCUUUUUCUUUACUCCUUUUUGUUAUACUUUUUUCCUCGCCGGAUAUAGCCUCUGCUUCUGUUGAAGAGGCUACUGCACUCCUCAAAUGGAAAGAAACCCUUCAGAGUGCCAACAAUUCUGUGCCAGUAGUGCUACCCACAUGGGAACUUAAUCCCAAAAAUGGCUCCAUUUCAAGUGCCGGUAGCCCAUGCCGCUGGUUUGGGGUUUCUUGCAAUGCUGAAGGAAGCGUCACUCGGUUGAACCUCACGAAUUCAGGCAUAAAUGGUACUCUCGAAACCUUUUCAUUCUCAUCGUUCCUGAAUCUUGCUUAUGUUGAUUUAAGCAUGAAUGAACUCUCUGGUCCCAUCCCACCUCAAAUCAGCUCACUCCCGCUUGUAUACCUUGAUUUGUCAAUUAAUUUGUUUUCUGGAAAUAUUCCACCUGAAAUCGGUCACUUAACAAAUCUUGAAACACUCCAUUUGGUAGAAAAUCGAUUGAAUGGCUCAAUUCCUCAAGAAAUAGGCCAGUUGAGGUCUCUUUCCGAGCUUGCUUUGUACACCAAUCAUCUUAGUGGUCCUAUUCCUUCUUCAUUAGGCAAUUUGGGCAACUUGGUUUCUCUAUAUCUGUACGACAAUCAACUUUUUGGCUCCAUCCCUGAAGAAAUAGGAAAUCUCACCAAUCUUGAGUUGGUUUACAUGGAUAGUAAUCGACUAACUGGUCCCAUUCCUUCCACUUUUGGAAACUUGAAUCGGCUGACUGAGUUGAACCUGUCCAACAACACACUUACUGGUUCCAUUCCUAAAGAAAUAGGAAAGUUGAAAGGAUUAGUCAUCCUACUCCUCCAUAGCAACAAUCUUGGUGGCUCAAUCCCACCGUCCUUAGGUGAUCUGACCUCCCUCUCUCUCCUCCAUCUAUACAAGAAUCAACUUUCCGGUUUGAUUCCUCAAGAAUUAGGAAACCUGAAGUCUAUCGUCGAUUUGGAAAUGAGCGAUAACCAACUAAGCGGUUCCAUUCCCGCUUCGUUUGGAAACUUGUUCAAUUUAACAUACUUGUUCUUGCGUGCAAACAACCUUUCUGGUCCUAUUCCUCAAGAAUUUCAAAAUUUGAAAAACUUGAUCGUGCUGGAAAUGGACGGAAAUCAAUUUUCCGGCAAUCUCCCGAAUAUUUGCGAAGGAGGGAAGCUUCAAAAUUUCACUGUAGACACCAACCAGCUAACGGGUCGGAUACCUAAAAGCUUGAGAGACUGCUCAAGCCUAUUCAGAGUUCGUCUUGAAGGAAACCAACUCACGGGAAGCAUAUCGGAAGAUUUUGGGGUCUACCCAGAUCUCGACUUCUUGGAUUUAAGUCGCAACAAAUUCUAUGGCGAAAUCUCUGAAAACUGGAGCAAGUGCCCGAAAUUGCAAACCCUACGGAUGGCAGGAAACAAUAUCACAGGCAGCAUACCACCGGAGUUGGGAGAUUCAGCUCAACUACGCAGGCUUGAUCUCGCGUCGAAUCAUUUGACCGGAGAGAUUCCAAAGGAAUUAGGGAAGUUGAGUUCUCUAUUAGAAUUGUAUCUGAAUGACAACCAGCUUUCUGGUGGUAUACCAAAAAAAAUCGGAUCACUAACUGAACUGGAAAAGCUUGACCUGUCCAUAAACAGGUUAAGUGGGUCAAUAGCAGCGGGAAAUCUAAAUAAUUGCAUCAAACUGAAUUACUUGAACUUGAGCAACAACAAUUUUAGCCAAGAAAUCCCACGUCAAUUGGGAAAGAUAUCUCCCCUAUCUAAAGUGGAUCUGAGUCGAAAUUCACUUAUGGGGGAGAUACCAUCGGAGAUCACAGGUUUGAUGAGUUUGGAGUGGCUAAACCUCUCCCACAAUCAUUUAUCUGGCUUAAUUCCUAGAGUUUUCCAAGACAUGAAAUGGUUGCUGCACGUUGACAUAUCCUUCAAUGAGUUGGAGGGUCCCAUUCCCAUGAGCGAAGCCUUCAUGAAUGCUUCUAUAGAUGGCCUCCAAGGGAACAAAGGCUUGUGUGGAAAUGUCACAGGAUUGCAGCCAUGCAAAUGUGGAAAUCUCAUAGGAUUGCAGCCAUGCAAAUAUCAAACGGACCACCGGACUCUUGUUCUUGUAAUUGUGCUUCCUCUUGGUGGAGCGCUUUUACUUGGAGGUGCAUUCGUUGGAUUUCUAAUCGUUUCUGGUCGAAGAAAGAGAAAGUCACUAGUAGAAGAUCCCUCCAACAAUGAAGAUCUCUUCUCCAUAUCAAUCUACGACGGAAGAGCAAUGUACAAUGACAUCCUAAAAGCCACGAACAAUUUCGAUGCCAUGUAUUGCAUUGGAAAAGGAGGAUAUGGAGCUGUCUACAAAGCAAAACUUCCAUCAGACAAUACAGUGGCUGUUAAGAAGCUUCAUCCUUUGUCUGAGAAGGAUGAUCGUCGAGGUUUCUUGAACGAGGUAAGGGCACUAACUGAAAUCAGGCAUCGCAACAUAGUGAAGCUUUUUGGAUUCUAUUCGCAUGCCCAGAACUCUUUUCUUGUUUAUGAGUACCUCGAAAGGGGAAGUUUGGCUUCAAUUUUCAGUAAUGAUAAAGAAGCUCAACAAUUGGAUUGGCUGAAGAGGGUAAAUAUUAUCAAGGGAUUGGCAAAUGCUUUGUCCUACAUGCACCACGAUUGCACACCACCAAUUGUUCACCGUGACAUAUCGAGCAACAAUGUUUUGAUUGAUGAGGAGUAUGAGGCUCACGUUUCCGACUUUGGCACGGCUAAACUUCUAAAAUUGGAUUCCUCCAAUUGGAGUGCACUUGCAGGCACAUACGGAUAUGUUGCACCAGAGCUUGCCUACACAAUGAAGGUAACUGAGAAGUGUGACGUGUUUAGCUUUGGAGUGUUAGCACUAGAAGUGAUCAAGGGAAAGCAUCCAGGCGAUUUCGUUUCCUCUCUCUCAACACCGGCUAUUGCAAAUGUAGAGCUGAGAGAUGUAUUGGACCAACGCCUUUCACCUCCGUCUCCUGAAGUUGAGGAGGUAGUGAUGUACGUGAUCAAGUUGGCAAUUGCAUGCUUGCAUUCCAAUCCACAAUCUAGACCAACCAUGCACAUCAUUUCUCAACUGUUAUCUACCAGAGCAAUCCCUUAGAGCCACGAAGACUCAUACAAAGAUGAGACAAAGCCACCUUCCCAGUGAGUAUAUAUUUAUGAAAUACAAAUAUCAAAUAAACCUAGUGAUCUGUUUAGCACAGCCCACUGAAUAGAGAUCCUUCAGAACUUCUUUUACUUUGUUUCGUUGUUUUGUAUUAUCAGUCGAUACUAUUGGUUUGUACUCUCAGUAUUGCGAGUCCUCAAAUAACAACGUUGCAACAUUGCGUAUUCAACAAAACUUGGAAUGGUUUUCAUUGUUUCACUCUUAAGUAAGACAAAAGAGACAGGAAGACAUGAUAUGGAGUUCUGCUAUGGGAGCAAAUGACAGUAAUAUUCUGAGUCAUUUCCCCGUUUUGUUAAUACGUUAUGUAUCAAAAUUAGUAUCUCUUAAGUCCAAUUUGACAACACCCAACUUCUCUGUCUAAACCCUCUCUAAAGCCUAGUUAAUUUGUGUAGCCCUUGAAGAAUCAUAAUACCAAGAAAAUAGUUCACGUAAUCGACCAG